AUGAAUGAUACAAUAACCUUUACUCCAGAGAUAAAAGAUUUAGCUCCAUUUAGUACUAUUCCUUGGAAUGAAGGUGAAAUCAAAAAGGUAGAGUUUUUCAAUGAAAAAUUUGUAUCCGUCCAAGUAAUAUCAAUAGACAAUCCGAAAUUGGAAGAAACAUUGAAUGGUAUUAUCGAUGGGAAAGACAUUUCAGUUGAUUUCGAAUGGAAACCUGAUGUUCCUGGCGAAGAUCAUCCAUUUGCUUUGUUCCAGUUCUGUACUUCGAAAGGUGCAGUCAUUGUAAUGAAUAACACAGACCAAAAGAAUGACAUAAUUGAGAAAUUCUUUACAGAAAAUCAAUUUUUUGGAAAAGGAAUGCAUUCAGACAACAAAAAACUCAUGAAAAUGUUCGAUACUACAUUUGGAAUUCAGGAUGUUCAAAUGACAUACCUAGAACCAUACCAAAUAUCUAUAAAUUUCCAAUUAAUGGUUGAAGAAUUAAUUGGAUCGCCAAAAGCUCUAUUUAAAGAUAAAAAUAUAUCGAGAUCAGAUUGGACAGUUCGUCCAUUAACAAUUAAGCAGUGUCUUUAUGCUGUUUUUGACGUUUACGCCUUAUAUUUAUGUUAUUCAAAAUUACUUGAAAUUUAUCAUAAACCAGGAGUCAUUAUCAAAGCUCCAGAGAUGAAGACAGUCAAAGGGAAAGUCCAAAAAGAGAAAUGCGUCAUCGAAACUCCAGUUAAAAACAUUCAUGUUCGAUUUGACACAGAUGUUCCGUAUAGAGGUCCAGAAAUAUUCAAGGAAAUCAUGGAUUACAAAAAUGUUUGCAAAUUACAAGACGAAUAUGGUCCGAAAUUUACAUUAAUAAAUCAUUUGACAGCAACAGGCCAUUUGAAGGGCCAUUACUGUGUUGAUUGCCAGCAGAGCUAUGACGACAUUCUUAAGCACUGCUGGGUCAAUCAUUGCGGCUGUAUUUCGCACAUUUACUUUCCAAUUCAAACUCCUGGCUUUUUGUACAAAAUUGCACAGGAAAUUGAACUCAGUAAUAGAAAGAUUAAGGUAAAUGACGACGGGACUGCAACUUGCGGUAUCUGUGGAAAGGUUUGUCAAAGAAUUCAUAUGGCAUAUUCGCAUAUUCGUCUGGAUCACCUUCCUUUGUCGAAAGACAUCGUUCCUUCGUUCGUAAAAGACCUCUCUUUCGGUCGAAGAUUGAUAGAAAGAAGAGUUUUGCUGGAUCCUCCGAGAUGUAACUUUUGUGACAUGAAUUUCGAUACUGUUGAAGAGUUAAAGGAGCAUCAUUGGUUGGAACAUGGUCAAAUAAUUGCUCAGAUGUGGAAACAUCGACCAGGAUGCUAUGAUGAUGAUACUUUUCUAAAUUCUUUCGAUUUAGGAGUCAAAGCCGUCAAUGAAACAAUAUACGGAAUAAUGAUUGAAGGAAUCUUAUGCUGCUGGGACUGUAGAAUCGGUUUUGAUUCACCAGAAGAGCUCUUUGUCCAUCUUUUCCAUCGUCACGCCUUUCUUUGCGUUCUCAAUAAAAGUGACAUCAAUCAAAAUUAUCCUUUCUUGCUUCCAAAGCUUCCUAGCGAGUUUUUGUCAACACUUGAGAGAUUCUGCGGAGAUAAUGCUAGGGUAGAAUGCAUUGUAGCAAGAAUUUUCUCAGAAAAAGAAGAUUAUUUACAUUGCGACGAAUGCAAUGUUGAUAUGAAGACAAAAGAUGAGGUCUGGGAACACAUGAGAGACAACCAUUUGAUCCUCACGUUCAAACGUGGAAAACCUGUUGUUAUUGAAGAUUAA